AUGAGCGCUGGUCCGGUCUCAUCUGUGCUGGCUGCCUUCGGGCUCGUCAGCAACAUGCUGCUUGUCUCUAAGGUGACCGUAUUCAUCUACCGCGCAUUCUUCCACCCGCUGAGGAGCUACCCAGGACCUCUCCUAGCGAAACUUUGGGCCUUCUCCACGUCCACAACGAUGAGCGCUCUCUUCUUCUACCUAUCCCGUUAUCCGAAAUGCUACCAACGCCUGUCCCACGAGAUAAGGGGCGCCUUUGAAACGGCCGCUAACAUUCGGUUUGGGCCUAAGCCAGCAAACUGCCAAUCUCUGCGAGUAUGCAUCGACGAGACCAUGCGCAUUUCACCACCCGUACCAGGCACCAUGUGGAGAGAGCUUCAGCCAGGCGACGGCAACGCAUUCGUGGUGGACGGCCACGUCAUCCCGCCAGGCACUCAACGAUGGCUCGCGUCUGAAACAACCGAAGCUGAGAGGAAGGUCAUGCGUGAUUCCUUUGCACCAUUCUCCAUCGGCUAUCGUGACUGCGCCGGGAAGAACAUGGCAUAUCUCAAGAUGAGCCUCGUGAUCGCCAAGACGCUUUGGCAUUUUGAUUUCAAGUCUCCGAAUGGAUAG